CUCUUCAAGCCGCGUCGGCGAGCCAGGAGGACGUGCGCCUGCGCCUGUUGGUGUGCCCCGGAAGCAGUUUUUUUGGCCCUCUGACACGUAGCAACAAUACCGUUUUGGAGGCUCUGCUGCAGACCCUCGGGGGAUUUUAAGGCCACUGGGGCGGUUUCCGAACUAGAUUAUCCGCAAUGUCAGGGUUCGACAGCUUUAAUACGGAUUUCUACCAGACCAGUUACAGCAUCGAUGACCAAACACAGCAGUCUUACGAUUAUUCUGGAGGGGGACCAUAUAGCAAACAGUAUGGAGGCUAUGACUACUCUCAACAAGGCAGAUUUGUCCCUCCAGACAUGAUGCAACCACAGCAGCCUUAUACUGGGCAAAUUUUCCAGCCAACACAGGCAUACACUCCAUCUACACCACAGUCAUUCUAUGGAAACAACUUUGAGGAUGAGCCACCUUUAUUAGAAGAAUUAGGAAUCAAUUUUGAUCACAUCUGGCAGAAAACACUAACAGUAUUGCACCCAUUAAAAGUAGCAGAUGGAAGCAUCAUGAAUGAAACCGAUUUGGCAGGACCAAUGGUUUUCUGUCUAGCCUUUGGAGCCACAUUGUUACUGGCUGGCAAAAUUCAGUUUGGAUAUGUAUAUGGGAUCAGUGCAAUUGGAUGUCUAGGAAUGUUUUGUCUCUUAAACUUAAUGAGUAUGACAGGUGUCUCAUUUGGUUGUGUGGCUAGUGUACUUGGAUAUUGUCUCCUUCCAAUGAUCCUACUUUCCAGCUUUGCAGUUAUAUUUUCUUUGCAAGGAAUGGUGGGAGUUAUUCUCACUGCUGGGAUUAUUGGAUGGUGCAGUUUCUCUGCUUCCAAAAUUUUCAUUUCUGCCUUAGCCAUGGAAGGACAGCAACUUCUAGUAGCAUAUCCUUGUGCUUUGUUAUAUGGAGUCUUUGCCCUUAUUUCCAUUUUUUGAACUGGAUAUCUUGGAUAUUGGACAUCAGUGGGCCAAAUACUAAAAAUGUAAAGGACAUUGAACUCUUAAAUCGGACCAGCAGACCACGCUACAACAUCACUAUCAUGCAGAUUUAACUCUUGACCUUUGGAACAAUGGGAAUAAAUGAGUAUCUCUUGUUCAUUUUUAUAGAACUUUUGAAUACUUGGAUUUACCUGCAGUGUGUCUAGCUUUAAGUUUAAGUGUUCGUGCUUAUGCAAAUAAGAUGUAAUGUUUCUUUCCUAUUCCUACAGCUUUUAGAAAAUCAACUUUGUUUCUUGCAAAUUAUUAUGAUGUUUUUGAUAGAUUUUUAUCAAACAAGGGUGAAAGAAACCACACUUAAUGGUAUUUCUAGAAAUGAUACCAUGUAACACAUUAGCAAAGAUAUUCCAAUGCUAGAUCUGUUGCAAAAAAUGUUUCCCAAGGUAUAGAAGAAAAUUUUAGUACACUUGAACCAAAUGCACUUGAAGCAAAUGUGAUUCCUAAUGUAAUGUGUUGUGAGUUUGCAUUUCAGAAGUUAUUCCUUUAAAUUAUCUUAUGUAAAAGAGCUUGCUAAAAUGCAAAGGGGUACAGAUGACUGGGUCUACUUGUUUUAGACUCAAAAUGUGAAUAAAUGUUUAGAUAUUAGCAUUAGCAGAAAUAAAGUGACUGGGACUGGCUAGUCAAAACUAAUGCUCAUACUAACAAUUGAUACUAGGGUCACAGUACUUCCCAGAAAAAAAUUCACUAAGGUUUUUGAGAAGGAUACUUAAAAUAUAGCAGUUGUCAGUUAUUGAAGUUGUCAAUGUAAAGUACAUUUGAUGCUUAUUAAUUAAAUUUUCCUGAAGUAAUUUUA